AUGUGCGGUGUCCACGGCACUGUCAGGGCCCCCACAGCCCCUGUGGCACUAUGGAAGCUGCGGCAAAGCAGCGGGACUGUGGGCACCGGCCGGGAGAACCCGUCCUGCGACCACCACGGACAGGUAGGAGAGGUUCCGGACGUCACCGGCCGUACCGGCACCGCAGCGGACAAAGGCGGGUCCCAGGAAGACACCCCGGGUGCAAGCCACUGGUGCCAGGACGUGCUACCUUGCAAGGGGAGCAAAGUGACAGGGAUGGAUGGUCCCAGCGAGCCCCCGGAGGCAUCUGGCAGCAUUGCUGGCGUGUACGUGGAGGCUUCCAAGAAGAUGAUGAGCUUUUACGAUGCCACCAGGGAGCACCUCCUGAGUCUGGACUUGGCACUCUGCCUCCUCGAGGCCCAGGCAGCCACGGGCUUCAUGGCUGACCUGGUGAAAAAGAAGUGGGUGUCUGUGGCAGAAGCUGUGCAGAUGGGACUGGUGGGGCUGGAGCUGAAGGAGAAGCUGCUCUCUGCAGAGAAAGCUGCUACUGGCUUUGUAGACCCCUACACGGAAGAGAAGAUUCCCCUGUUCCAGGCAAUGCAGAAGGACCUGGUAGGGAGGGACCAAGGCACCCGCCUGCUCCAGGCCCAGAUCGCGACCGGUGGCAUCAUUGAUCCUGCCACCGGGCACCGGCUCCCAGCAGAUGUGGCCUGUGAGAGGGGAUAUUUAGAUGAAGAGAUGAGCCAGUUCCUCUCUGAUCUCAGCAAUGAGGACAGCAAAGGGUUCCUCAACCCCAGUACUAUGGAGAGGGUCACCUACAUGGAACUUAUCAAGCAAUGUGUUGUUGAUCCAGGCUCAGGCUUCCUCCUCUUGACCCUGCAGGCAACGUUCCCAGGGCUGGGAGGACGGGUGAGCAGCAGGGACCUUCUGGACUCAGGCAUCAUCAGCUCCGACACGUUCAGAGGUCUCGAGGAGGGAAGAGUCUCUGCUCAGGAGGUUGCAGAGAGUGACUCGGUUCAGCAGUUCCUGCGUGGGACGAGAACCGUGGCUGGUGUUGUCCUGCCUUCCAGUGAGCAGAAAAGCCUUUACCAGGCACUGAGGGAGCAUCUUCUCAUGCCUGGCACUGCCCUGAUGCUCCUGCAAGUCCAGGCCUCCACGGGCAGCCUGACAGACCCCAUCAAGAACAAAAGCUACUCAGUUGAUGAGGCUGUCAGGGUCGGUCUCAUCGGCCCAGAGCUUCAUGAGAAACUGUCUUCAGCUGAGAAGAGCAUCAUAGGAUACAGGGAUCCCUGCACUGGAGAAAUGCUCUCUCUGUUCCAAGCCAUCAGGAAGGGCUUUGUCCCCAAGGAUCAUGGCUUCUGCCUUCUGGAGGCUCAGAUAGCCACUGGUGGGAUAAUUGCUCCAGGCAAACACCUCCGUGUCCCCACGGAGACAGCCUGCAAGUGGGGGUACCUGGAUGAAGCCACGAGACAGCUCCUCUCCAGUCCUACCAAUGACAUGAAAGGGUUUUUGGACCCAAGCUCCAAGGAGAAGUUGACCUACACAGACCUGCUCAAGUGCUGUGUGACUGAUCCCAGCACUGGGCUCCUGCUGCUGCCUCUUGGAGGAGAGAGCAGAGAGGGACCCAAGGGAACCCACCUCUUCUUUGACCACAAGACCCAGACAGCUCUGGAAAACACACGGGUACCUGUUGCUUUGGGCAAAUUCAAGGGAAAGUCCAUGUCUCUCUGGAAACUUCUCUUCUCAGACUACAUCCAGAGUGAGCAAAGAGCUGCUCUGUCCCAGCAGUACCUUGCAGGAAUGCUCUCCAUGCAAGAGCUGGGUAAGGCAGUCAGUGCCACCAUCGAGGAGACGGCUUCCUCUGCUAAAGUCACCUUUGAAGGGCUGAGGGACCGGGUGACAGCUGACCAGCUCCUGAGCUCUGAAAUCAUCAACAAAGAUUUGUUUAAGAAACUGAAGGAGGGAGAAACAUCGGCCAAAGAAGUCGUCAGCAUGGACACGGUCAAGAAGUACCUGCAAGGGACAGGCAGCAUCAGUGGGCUGCUGCUCCCCGACUCCCAAGAGAAGAUCAGCAUCUACCAGGCGAAGCAGAAGGGACUUCUAAGGCCAGGAACGUCCCUGAUCCUCCUGGAGGCCCAGGCUGCCACCGGGUUUAUCAUUGACCCAGCUGCCAACAGAAGGUAUUCUGUGGACGAGGCCUUGCGAGCAAGCGUCAUUGGCCCCGAUGUCUACGACAAGCUUCUGGCUGCAGAGAAAUCAGUCACUGGCUACAGAGAUCCUUACUCAGGGAACACCAUCUCCCUCUUCCAGGCCAUGCAGAAGGAGCUCAUUGUCAAGGAGCAUGGCAUCCGCCUGCUUGAGGCCCAGAUCGCCACCGGCGGCAUCAUCGACCCCGUCAACAGCCACCGCAUCCCGGUCGAGGUGGCCUACAAGCGUGGGUACUUCGACAAGAAGAUGAACUUGAUCCUCUCUGACCCCAGUGAUGACACCAAGGGCUUCUUCAACCCCAACACCCAUGAGAACCUCACCUACCUGCAGCUGAAGGAGAAGUGCAUCACGGAGCCGUCCACCGGGCUCUGCGUCCUGCCCCUGAACAGCAGAAAGCGCCAGUUUGUGGAUGAAGCCACCAGACGGGUGUUCAGGAGCUCCUGGUUGCCGGUCAGGUUUGGGCGGUUACAGGGAGAGAAGGUCUCUGUGUGGGACCUGCUGAACUCCGAGUACUUCAGUGAGGGGAAGCGCCGGGAGAUAUUCAACCACUACCAGCUGCGGAAGCUCACCCUGGAGCAAAUCCGAGCCAUGCUGGAAGAGGAAAUGAAAAGAUGGGCACCCAUCAAGUUCCCAGCCAUGAGGGGCAGUGUCAGUGCCUACCACCUGAUGGAGACCGGUGUCAUUGAUAGGUCCCUGUUUGAGAGGGUGCUGGAAGGAGCCGUCAUGCCAGAGGAAGUCCUGCACAUGGACUCUGUCCGAAAGUACCUCUACGGCUCUGGCAGCAUCGGGGGGAUCAUUCUCCAACCAUCAAACCAGAGAAUAAGCAUUUAUGAGGCCAUGAAGCAGAACAUCAUGCUGCCAGGAGUGGCCCUCCCACUGCUAGAAGCCCAGGCUGCCACAGGCUUCAUCAUCGACCCAGUCAACAACCAGAAGCUCUGCGUGGACGAUGCCAUCAAGGAGGGAGUCAUUGGACCAGAAGUCCAUGAGAAGCUGCAGCAUGCAGAAGGGGCUGUCACAGGCUACAAAGAUCCUUUCACAGGCAAGAAGAUACCCCUCUUCCAGGCGAUGAAGAAGGGCCUGAUCGCAGACAAACAGGCCAUGCAGUUAAUGGAGGUGCAGAUGGCUACAGGAGGCAUCAUUGACCCAAUGUGUGGCCACUAUAUCCCCAUAGAAUCCGCCCAGAAGCGAGGGUGCCUGGAUGAGGACACGAGCAAGGCCCUUUCUAAGCCUAGUGAUGACAACAGAGCCUUCUGUGUCCCAGACAGCAAAGAGACUGUGAGCUACGCUGAGCUGAUCAAACGUUGCCAGAAAGAUGAGGUCUCCGGCUUCCACUUGCUGCCUCUGCCACAGGCAGCUGCUCCUGCCCACAGCGACGAAGAAAUCCAGCAGAUCUUCAGGGAAACUGUGGUGAAGGAGAGAGGGGUCUCCCUGUGGGAGCUAAUCCACUGCGGGUAUUUCACCGAGGAGCAGAGAAGGGACUUUAUGGAGAGGUUCCGGUCUGAGGAAAUGUUGCUGCAGGAGCUGGUUGCUCUCGUGCUCAGGUUGGUUGGGGAGAUGGAGAUGAAAGCCCGCACUCAGAUCACCUUGGAGGGUCUGCAGGGCAGUGUCCCUGCAGUGUGGCUGCUGGAUGCUGGCAUCAUUACAGAGAAGACAUUUGAAGAACUGGCCCAGGGCAUACAAACUCCUGAGGAGGUGGCUGCGAUGGAGAGUGUGAAGAGGUACUUGCAGGGCACAGGCAGCAUUGCCGGGGUAUUCAUAGAGGCAUCCAAAAAGAAGAUGAGCUUUUAUGAUGCCAUGAAGAGCCAUCUCCUCCUCCCUGGGGCUGCUCUGAGGCUGCUGGAAGCUCAGGCGGCCACAGGGUACCUGAGUGACCCAGCAACGAACCAGAGACUCAGCGUGAGGGAUGCAGUGAGAGCUGCUGUCGUGGGCGAAGAGCUCACUGAGAAGCUCCUCCUGGCAGAGCGGGCAGUGACUGGCUACACAGACCCCUACACCGGGAGCUCCAUCUCCCUGUGCCAAGCACUCAGGAAGGAGCUGAUUCCCCUGGGAGAGGCUGUUCCCUUGCUGGAGGCACAGCUGGCCACUGGAGGGGUCAUUGAUCCCAUUCACCACCUCCACCUUCCACUCCAGGCUGCGUACAGGUACGGCUUCUAUGAUGAGGACCUCAACCAAACUCUGUCCCAGCUGGAUGACAGCACCAAAAUCUUCUUUGAUCCAAACACAAAGGAGAACGUGACCUAUCAGCAGCUGAAGGACAGAUGCUUUCAGGAGCCUGAGUCAGGUCUCUGGCUCCUUCCCCUGUCCGAAAACGCGAUGUUCUGUGUGGAUGAACAGACCAUGGAGGUGCUGAAAUCUGUGACUGUCUGUGUCAACAUAGGGCGCUUCAAAGGACAGACAGUGUCAGUAUGGGACCUUCUCAACUCCGAAUACCUCUCAGACAGCAAGAGAAGAGAGCUGGUGCAAAGGUACAAAGACGAGAACACUGAAGUGCUGCAUGAAAUCAUAGCAAUUGUCACCACAAUCAUCAAAGAGACGGAGACACAAGGCAAGAAAUUUGCAUUCAAGGGCCUGCGGAAAAGAGUUUCUGCCAGUGACCUCUUCCAGUCCCAACUGAUAGACAAGAAAACCCUCGAUGAACUCAACCAGGGGAAGAAAACAGUCGAAGAAGUCACUGAAAUGGACUCUGUCCGCAGGUACCUGGAGGGCAGCAAUUUCAUAGCAGGGGUCCUCAUACGGCCAAGCAAUGUGAAAAUGAGCAUCUACCAGGCCAUGAGGAAGGGCAUCCUGAGGCCAGGGACAGCGCUGGUGCUGCUGGAGGCACAGGCUGCCACUGGUUACAUCAUUGACCCAGAGAAGAACCAGAAGUUCUCAGUGCAGGAAGCCUUAGCUGCAGGUCUAAUUGGAGGGGAGGUUUUUGAAAAGCUGCUCUGUGCAGAGCGGGCCGUGACGGGCUACACCGACCCCUACACGAAAGCCCCAAUGUCCCUUUUUGAAGCCAUGAACCAAGGACUGAUUGUGAAGAGCCAUGGCAUCCGCCUGCUCGAGGCCCAGAUCGCCACUGGCGGCAUCAUCGACCCCGUGCACAGCCACCGCAUCCCGGUCGAGGUGGCCUACCAGCGCGGGUACUUCAACCAGGAGAUGAACCAGAUCCUCUCAGACCCCAGCGAUGACACCAAGGGCUUCUUCGACCCCAACACCCACGAGAACCUCACCUACAUGCAGCUCCUGGAGAGAUGUGUCCAAGAUUCAGAGACUGGGCUGUACAUGCUACAGGUUGUACAGGAGGGAGGAACGUACUUCUACAUUGAUGAGUUUACGAAGCAGGAUUUGCGCUCAAAACCCCUUAACAUAAAAGCUGGAAAGUUUAAGGACCAGACAGUUUCCAUCUGGGAAAUUCUUUGCUCCCAUUACAUCUCUGAGCAGAAAAGGAAAGAACUGGUGAUGCAGUACAAGUGCAAAACCCUAACACUGGAAGACCUUACAAUCCUCCUCUUCAGAAUCAUUGAGGGCACAGAGCAAAGAGCAGAAACCCUCAAGGUGAAAGGACUCCGGAGGGACGUGUCGAUAUCAGAAUUGUUUAACUCUGAGAUCAUUGACAAGAAAACUCUAGAGCAGCUGCAGGAUGGAAGUCUCACGCUUGCCAGCCUCAUCAAGAGGGACACCAUCAAGAGGUACUUAGAGGGCACUGGAUGCAUUGCUGGGGUUCUACUCCCAUCAAGGAAAGAGAAGAUGAGCAUCUACCAGGCCCUGAAGAAGGGCCUUCUCACAGAGCAGUGUGCUCUGGGGCUGCUGGAGGCACAGGCUGCCACUGGUUUCCUCAUUGACCCACUGAAAAAUAAGAUGCUCUCUGUGGACGAGGCCAUCUCGUCCGGGCUGGUGGGGAGCAACUUCCACAGGCAGCUCCUAUCGGCAGAGAAAGCCGUGACGGGAUACACAGAUCCCCAAACAGGAAAGAAAAUGUCCCUCUUCCAGGCCAUAAAGCAGAAGAUGACAGUCAAGGAGCACGGCAUCCGCCUGCUCGAGGCCCAGAUCGCCACCGGCGGCAUCAUCGACCCCGUGCACAGCCACCGCCUGCCUGUGGAGGUGGCCUACCAGCGCAGAUACUUGGACGACGACAUGUUCCUUGUGCUCUCUGAUCCAGACCAUGGCAUCAAAGGUUUUAUGGAUCCAAACACUCGUGAGAAGAUCAGUUACAGUCAGCUCCUGCAGAGAUGUUCCAAAGACAGAGAAACUGGCUUAUACCUGCUGCAGGUCAUGGAGAAGGAUGAUGACUAUUUCUACAUCGAUGAGCAAACAAAAACUUCCCUAUUGUCUACAAAGGUGCAAGUGCCUGUUGGAAAAUACAAAGGACAAGUAUUAUCACUGUGGGAACUUCUCUGCUCUGAGUACAUCACAGAGGAGAAGAGAAAAGAACUGGUGAAAAAAUAUAAAGAGGAAUCCCAUCACAUUAUCCAAGGAAUCAUUGAAACAAUACUAAACAUCAUUAAAGGAAAAGAAGAGGACAGAAGUGAUGUCUGGUUCCAAGGAAUCAGACAACAAAUCACAGCAUCAGAACUUUUCAGUGCAAAGAUAAUUACGGAAGAAAUGAUGGAAAAACUCCAUGAAGGAAGAGAGACUGCAGAAGAAAUAUCUCAGAUGGACAGUGUGAGAAAAUACCUCGAAGGAACUGGAAGCAUUGCCGGCAUCCUAGUGCCCUCCAAAGCUGAACCUGGCAAGCUGGAGAAGAUGAGCAUCUACCAGGCCAUGUGGAAGGGCAUCCUGAGGCAGGGCACGGCCCUGGUGCUGCUGGAGGCGCAGGCUGCCACCGGAUUCAUCAUUGACCCGGGAACUAACAAGAAGCUCUCUGUCGAUGAAGCUGUCUCCUCGGGGCUGGUAGGAAGUGAGCUACAGAAGAAACUUCUCUCAGCAGAGAGAGCUGUAACGGGCUACACCGACCCCUGCACAGGACAAAAGAUCUCCCUCUUCCAGGCCAUGCAGAAGGAGCUCAUCGUCAAGGAGCACGGCAUCCGCCUACUCGAGGCCCAGAUCGCCACCGGCGGCAUCGUCGACCCCGUGCACAGCCACCGCCUGCCCGUGGAGGUGGCCUAUCGGCGUGGCUACUUCGACCAGGAGAUGAACCAGAUCCUCUCGGACCCCAGCGACGACACCAAGGGCUUCUUCGACCCCAACACCCACGAGAACCUCACCUACAUGCAGCUCCUGCGCCGCUGCGUGCCCGACCCGGACACGGGGCUGCUGAUGCUGCAGCUGAUGGACAAGGGCUCCGUGCUGCACCAGCUGAGCGAGGAGGCCCGCCAAGCCCUGCAGGCCGCCCACACCACGCUCAGCGUGGGGCUCUUCCAGGGACAGAGCGUCACCCUCUGGGAGCUCCUCUUCUCCUGCUACGUGCCCGAGCACCGGCGCCAGGACCUGCUGCGCCGCUACAAGGCGGGGACGGUCACCAUCUCGGAGAUGAGCACCCUCCUCACCACCAUCAUCACUGGGGCUGAGCAGCGGGAGGCCGCAGCACCGGUUCCCACCCAGAACGGUGAGCUGGCGGGCUCCUGGCGCGAGCAGGAGCAGGAGCAAGAGAGGGAGCAGGAGCUGGAGCGGUCCCUGCAGUCCCGCACCGUUGAGGUCCCGGCCAGCGGCUUCCGUGGCAGGAAGGUCUCCCUGUGGGAGCUCCUCUUCUCCAGGUACGUCUGCGAGGCCAAGAGGCAGGAGCUGCUGGGGCUGCUGCGGGCCGGGAGCCUGGCGCUGGACGAGCUGGCAGGGCUCCUGACGGCCCUGGUCCAGGAGGCGGUGGAGCGCAGCAGCGCUGUGAAGUUCACGGGCCUCAGGAGGCAGGUGACUGCCUCGGACCUGGCGGACUCGGGCAUCAUCGACAAGGACACGCUGGCCGACCUGGUGCAGGGCGCCAAGACGGUGGCGGAGGUGACGGAAAUGGCCUCCGUCAAGCGCUACCUGGACGGCACGGGCUGCAUCGCUGGCGUGCUGGUGCCCUGCAAGGCCGAGCCCGGCAAGCUGGAGAAGAUGAGCAUCUACCAGGCCAUGUGGAAGGGCAUCCUGAGGCAGGGCACGGCCCUGGUGCUGCUGGAGGCGCAGGCUGCCACCGGCUUCCUGGUCGACCCGCUGGCCAACAGGAAGCUGUCCGUGGACGAGGCCGUCUCCUCGGGGCUGGUGGGCAGCGAGCUGCACGAGAAGCUGCUGUCGGCCGAGCGCGCCGUUACGGGCUACACCGACCCCUACACCGGGGAGCAGAUCUCCCUCUUCCAGGCCAUGCAGAAGGAGCUCAUCGUCAAGGAGCACGGCAUCCGCCUGCUCGAGGCCCAGAUCGCCACCGGCGGCAUCGUCGACCCCGUACACAGCCACCGCCUGCCCGUGGAGGUGGCCUAUCGGCGCGGCUACUUCGACCAGGAGAUGAACCAGAUCCUCUCGGACCCCAGCGACGACACCAAGGGCUUCUUCGACCCCAACACCCACGAGAACCUCACCUACAUGCAGCUCCUGCGCCGCUGCGUGCCCGACCCGGACACGGGGCUGCUGAUGCUGCAGCUGAUGGACAAGGGCUCCGUGCUGCACCAGCUGAGCGAGGAGGCCCGCCAAGCCCUGCAGGCCACCCACACCACACUCAGCGUGGGGCUCUUCCAGGGACAGAGCGUCACCCUCUGGGAGCUCCUCUUCUCCCGCUACGUGCCCGAGCACCGGCACCAGGACCUGCUGCGCCGCUACAAGGCGGGGACGGUCACCAUCUCGGAGAUGAGCACCCUCCUCACCACCAUCAUCACUGGGGCUGAGCAGCGGGAGGCCGCAGCACCGGUUCCCACCCAGAACGGUGAGCCGGCGGGCUCCCGGCGCGAGCAGGAGCAGGAGCAAGAGAGGGAGCAGGAGCUGGAGCGGUCCCUGCAGUCCCGCACCGUUGAGGUCCCGGCCAGCGGCUUCCGUGGCAGGAAGGUCUCCCUGUGGGAGCUCCUCUUCUCCAGGUACGUCUGCGAGGCCAAGAGGCAGGAGCUGCUGGGGCUGCUGCGGGCCGGGAGCCUGGCGCUGGACGAGCUGGCAGGGCUCCUGACGGCCCUGGUCCAGGAGGCGGUGGAGCGCAGCAGCGCUGUGAAGUUCACGGGCCUCAGGAGGCAGGUGACUGCCUCGGACCUGGCGGACUCGGGCAUCAUCGACAAGGACACGCUGGCCGACCUGGUGCAGGGCGCCAAGACGGUGGCGGAGGUGACGGAAAUGGCCUCCGUCAAGCGCUACCUGGACGGCACGGGCUGCAUCGCUGGCGUGCUGGUGCCCUGCAAGGCCGAGCCCGGCAAGCUGGAGAAGAUGAGCAUCUACCAGGCCAUGUGGAAGGGCAUCCUGAGGCAGGGCACGGCCCUGGUGCUGCUGGAGGCGCAGGCUGCCACCGGCUUCCUGGUCGACCCGCUGGCCAACAGGAAGCUGUCCGUGGACGAGGCCGUCUCCUCGGGGCUGGUGGGCAGCGAGCUGCACGAGAAGCUGCUGUCGGCCGAGCGCGCCGUUACGGGCUACACCGACCCCUACACCGGGGAGCAGAUCUCCCUCUUCCAGGCCAUGCAGAAGGAGCUCAUCGUCAAGGAGCACGGCAUCCGCCUGCUCGAGGCCCAGAUCGCCACCGGCGGCAUCGUCGACCCCGUGCACAGCCACCGCCUGCCCGUGGAGGUGGCCUAUCGGCGCGGCUACUUCGACCAGGAGAUGAACCAGAUCCUCUCGGACCCCAGCGACGACACCAAGGGCUUCUUCGACCCCAACACCCACGAGAACCUCACCUACAUGCAGCUCCUGCGCCGCUGCGUGCCCGACCCGGACACGGGGCUGCUGAUGCUGCAGCUGAUGGACAAGGGCUCCGUGCUGCACCAGCUGAGCGAGGAGGCCCGCCAAGCCCUGCAGGCCGCCCACACCACGCUCAGCGUGGGGCUCUUCCAGGGACAGAGCGUCACCCUCUGGGAGCUCCUCUUCUCCCGCUACGUGCCCGAGCACCGGCGCCAGGACCUGCUGCGCCGCUACAAGGCGGGGACGGUCACCAUCUCGGAGAUGAGCACCCUCCUCACCACCAUCAUCACUGGGGCUGAGCAGCGGGAGGCCGCAGCACCGGUUCCCACCCAGAACGGUGAGCCGGCGGGCUCCCGGCGCGAGCAGGAGCAGGAGCAAGAGAGGGAGCAGGAGCUGGAGCGGUCCCUGCAGUCCCGCACCGUUGAGGUCCCGGCCAGCGGCUUCCGUGGCAGGAAGGUCUCCCUGUGGGAGCUCCUCUUCUCCAGGUACGUCUGCGAGGCCAAGAGGCAGGAGCUGCUGGGGCUGCUGCGGGCCGGGAGCCUGGCGCUGGACGAGCUGGCAGGGCUCCUGACGGCCCUGGUCCAGGAGGCGGUGGAGCGCAGCAGCGCUGUGAAGUUCACGGGCCUCAGGAGGCAGGUGACUGCCUCGGACCUGGCGGACUCGGGCAUCAUCGACAAGGACACGCUGGCCGACCUGGUGCAGGGCGCCAAGACGGUGGCGGAGGUGACGGAAAUGGCCUCCGUCAAGCGCUACCUGGACGGCACGGGCUGCAUCGCUGGCGUGCUGGUGCCCUGCAAGGCCGAGCCCGGCAAGCUGGAGAAGAUGAGCAUCUACCAGGCCAUGUGGAAGGGCAUCCUGAGGCAGGGCACGGCCCUGGUGCUGCUGGAGGCGCAGGCUGCCACCGGCUUCCUGGUCGACCCGCUGGCCAACAGGAAGCUGUCCGUGGACGAGGCCGUCUCCUCGGGGCUGGUGGGCAGCGAGCUGCACGAGAAGCUGCUGUCGGCCGAGCGCGCCGUUACGGGCUACACCGACCCCUACACCGGGGAGCAGAUCUCCCUCUUCCAGGCCAUGCAGAAGGAGCUCAUCGUCAAGGAGCACGGCAUCCGCCUGCUCGAGGCCCAGAUCGCCACCGGUGGCAUCGUCGACCCCGUGCACAGCCACCGCCUGCCCGUGGAGGUGGCCUAUCGGCGCGGCUACUUCGACCAGGAGAUGAACCAGAUCCUCUCGGACCCCAGCGACGACACCAAGGGCUUCUUCGACCCCAACACCCACGAGAACCUCACCUACAUGCAGCUCCUGCGCCGCUGCGUGCCCGACCCGGACACGGGGCUGCUGAUGCUGCAGCUGAUGGACAAGGGCUCCGUGCUGCACCAGCUGAGCGAGGAGGCCCGCCAAGCCCUGCAGGCCGCCCACACCACGCUCAGCGUGGGGCUCUUCCAGGGACAGAGCGUCACCCUCUGGGAGCUCCUCUUCUCCCGCUACGUGCCCGAGCACCGGCGCCAGGACCUGCUGCGCCGCUACAAGGCGGGGACGGUCACCAUCUCGGAGAUGAGCACCCUCCUCACCACCAUCAUCACUGGGGCUGAGCAGCGGGAGGCCGCAGCACCGGUUCCCACCCAGAACGGUGAGCCGGCGGGCUCCCGGCGCGAGCAGGAGCAGGAGCAAGAGAGGGAGCAGGAGCUGGAGCGGUCCCUGCAGUCCCGCACCGUUGAGGUCCCGGCCAGCGGCUUCCGUGGCAGGAAGGUCUCCCUGUGGGAGCUCCUCUUCUCCAGGUACGUCUGCGAGGCCAAGAGGCAGGAGCUGCUGGGGCUGCUGCGGGCCGGGAGCCUGGCGCUGGACGAGCUGGCAGGGCUCCUGACGGCCCUGGUCCAGGAGGCGGUGGAGCGCAGCAGCGCUGUGAAGUUCACGGGCCUCAGGAGGCAGGUGACUGCCUCGGACCUGGCGGACUCGGGCAUCAUCGACAAGGACACGCUGGCCGACCUGGUGCAGGGCGCCAAGACGGUGGCGGAGGUGACGGAAAUGGCCUCCGUCAAGCGCUACCUGGACGGCACGGGCUGCAUCGCUGGCGUGCUGGUGCCCUGCAAGGCCGAGCCCGGCAAGCUGGAGAAGAUGAGCAUCUACCAGGCCAUGUGGAAGGGCAUCCUGAGGCAGGGCACGGCCCUGGUGCUGCUGGAGGCGCAGGCUGCCACCGGCUUCCUGGUCGACCCGCUGGCCAACAGGAAGCUGUCCGUGGACGAGGCCGUCUCCUCGGGGCUGGUGGGCAGCGAGCUGCACGAGAAGCUGCUGUCGGCCGAGCGUGCCGUUACGGGCUACACCGACCCCUACACCGGGGAGCAGAUCUCCCUCUUCCAGGCCAUGCAGAAGGAGCUCAUCGUCAAGGAGCACGGCAUCCGCCUGCUCGAGGCCCAGAUCGCCACCGGUGGCAUCGUCGACCCCGUGCACAGCCACCGCCUGCCGGUGGAGGUGGCCUAUCGGCGCGGCUACUUCGACCAGGAGAUGAACCAGAUCCUCUCGGACCCCAGCGACGACACCAAGGGCUUCUUCGACCCCAACACCCACGAGAACCUCACCUACAUGCAGCUCCUGCGCCGCUGCGUGCCCGACCCGGACACGGGGCUGCUGAUGCUGCAGCUGAUGGACAAGGGCUCCAUGCUGCACCAGCUGAGCGAGGAGGCCCGCCAAGCCCUGCAGGCCGCCCACACCACGCUCAGCGUGGGGCUCUUCCAGGGACAGAGUGUCACCCUCUGGGAGCUCCUCUUCUCCCGCUACGUGCCCGAGCACCGGCGCCAGGACCUGCUGCGCCGCUACAAGGCGGGGACGGUCACCAUCUCGGAGAUGAGCACCCUCCUCACCACCAUCAUCACUGGGGCUGAGCAGCGGGAGGCCGCAGCACCGGUUCCCACCCAGAACGGUGAGCCGGCGGGCUCCCGGCGCGAGCAGGAGCAGGAGCAAGAGAGGGAGCAGGAGCUGGAGCGGUCCCUGCAGUCCCGCACCGUUGAGGUCCCGGCCAGCGGCUUCCGUGGCAGGAAGGUCUCCCUGUGGGAGCUCCUCUUCUCCAGGUACGUCUGCGAGGCCAAGAGGCAGGAGCUGCUGGGGCUGCUGCGGGCCGGGAGCCUGGCGCUGGACGAGCUGGCAGGGCUCCUGACGGCCCUGGUCCAGGAGGCGGUGGAGCGCAGCAGCGCUGUGAAGUUCACGGGCCUCAGGAGGCAGGUGACUGCCUCGGACCUGGCGGACUCGGGCAUCAUCGACAAGGACACGCUGGCCGACCUGGUGCAGGGCGCCAAGACGGUGGCGGAGGUGACGGAAAUGGCCUCCGUCAAGCGCUACCUGGACGGCACGGGCUGCAUCGCUGGCGUGCUGGUGCCCUGCAAGGCCGAGCCCGGCAAGCUGGAGAAGAUGAGCAUCUACCAGGCCAUGUGGAAGGGCAUCCUGAGGCAGGGCACGGCCCUGGUGCUGCUGGAGGCGCAGGCUGCCACCGGCUUCCUGGUCGACCCGCUGGCCAACAGGAAGCUGUCCGUGGACGAGGCCGUCUCCUCGGGGCUGGUGGGCAGCGAGCUGCACGAGAAGCUGCUGUUGGCCGAGCGCGCCGUUACGGGCUACACCGACCCCUACACCGGGGAGCAGAUCUCCCUCUUCCAGGCCAUGCAGAAGGAGCUCAUCGUCAAGGAGCACGGCAUCCGCCUGCUCGAGGCCCAGAUCGCCACCGGCGGCAUCGUCGACCCCGUGCACAGCCACCGCCUGCCCGUGGAGGUGGCCUAUCGGCGCGGCUACUUCGACCAGGAGAUGAACCAGAUCCUCUCGGACCCCAGCGACGACACCAAGGGCUUCUUCGACCCCAACACCCACGAGAACCUCACCUACAUGCAGCUCCUGCGCCGCUGCGUGCCCGACCCGGACACGGGGCUGCUGAUGCUGCAGCUGAUGGACAAGGGCUCCGUGCUGCACCAGCUGAGCGAGGAGGCCCGCCAAGCCCUGCAGGCCGCCCACACCACGCUCAGCGUGGGGCUCUUCCAGGGACAGAGCGUCACCCUCUGGGAGCUCCUCUUCUCCCGCUACGUGCCCGAGCACCGGCGCCAGGACCUGCUGCGCCGCUACAAGGCGGGGACGGUCACCAUCUCGGAGAUGAGCACCCUCCUCACCACCAUCAUCACUGGGGCUGAGCAGCGGGAGGCCGCAGCACCGGUUCCCACCCAGAACGGUGAGCCGGCGGGCUCCCGGCGCGAGCAGGAGCAGGAGCAAGAGAGGGAGCAGGAGCUGGAGCGGUCCCUGCAGUCCCGCACCGUUGAGGUCCCGGCCAGCGGCUUCCGUGGCAGGAAGGUCUCCCUGUGGGAGCUCCUCUUCUCCAGGUACGUCUGCGAGGCCAAGAGGCAGGAGCUGCUGGGGCUGCUGCGGGCCGGGAGCCUGGCGCUGGACGAGCUGGCAGGGCUCCUGACGGCCCUGGUCCAGGAGGCGGUGGAGCGCAGCAGCGCUGUGAAGUUCACGGGCCUCAGGAGGCAGGUGACUGCCUCGGACCUGGCGGACUCGGGCAUCAUCGACAAGGACACGCUGGCCGACCUGGUGCAGGGCGCCAAGACGGUGGCGGAGGUGACGGAAAUGGCCUCCGUCAAGCGCUACCUGGACGGCACGGGCUGCAUCGCUGGCGUGCUGGUGCCCUGCAAGGCCGAGCCCGGCAAGCUGGAGAAGAUGAGCAUCUACCAGGCCAUGUGGAAGGGCAUCCUGAGGCAGGGCACGGCCCUGGUGCUGCUGGAGGCGCAGGCUGCCACCGGCUUCCUGGUCGACCCGCUGGCCAACAGGAAGCUGUCCGUGGACGAGGCCGUCUCCUCGGGGCUGGUGGGCAGCGAGCUGCACGAGAAGCUGCUGUCGGCCGAGCGCGCCGUUACGGGCUACACCGACCCCUACACCGGGGAGCAGAUCUCCCUCUUCCAGGCCAUGCAGAAGGAGCUCAUCGUCAAGGAGCACGGCAUCCGCCUGCUCGAGGCCCAGAUCGCCACCGGUGGCAUCGUCGACCCCGUGCACAGCCACCGCCUGCCCGUGGAGGUGGCCUAUCGGCGCGGCUACUUCGACCAGGAGAUGAACCAGAUCCUCUCGGACCCCAGCGACGACACCAAGGGCUUCUUCGACCCCAACACCCACGAGAACCUCACCUACAUGCAGCUCCUGCGCCGCUGCGUGCCCGACCCGGACACGGGGCUGCUGAUGCUGCAGCUGAUGGACAAGGGCUCCGUGCUGCACCAGCUGAGCGAGGAGGCCCGCCAAGCCCUGCAGGCCGCCCACACCACGCUCAGCGUGGGGCUCUUCCAGGGACAGAGCGUCACCCUCUGGGAGCUCCUCUUCUCCCGCUACGUGCCCGAGCACCGGCGCCAGGACCUGCUGCGCCGCUACAAGGCGGGGACGGUCACCAUCUCGGAGAUGAGCACCCUCCUCACCACCAUCAUCACUGGGGCUGAGCAGCGGGAGGCCGCAGCACCGGUUCCCACCCAGAACGGUGAGCCGGCGGGCUCCCGGCGCGAGCAGGAGCAGGAGCAAGAGAGGGAGCAGGAGCUGGAGCGGUCCCUGCAGUCCCGCACCGUUGAGGUCCCGGCCAGCGGCUUCCGUGGCAGGAAGGUCUCCCUGUGGGAGCUCCUCUUCUCCAGGUACGUCUGCGAGGCCAAGAGGCAGGAGCUGCUGGGGCUGCUGCGGGCCGGGAGCCUGGCGCUGGACGAGCUGGCAGGGCUCCUGACGGCCCUGGUCCAGGAGGCGGUGGAGCGCAGCAGCGCUGUGAAGUUCACGGGCCUCAGGAGGCAGGUGACUGCCUCGGACCUGGCGGACUCGGGCAUCAUCGACAAGGACACGCUGGCCGACCUGGUGCAGGGCGCCAAGACGGUGGCGGAGGUGACGGAAAUGGCCUCCGUCAAGCGCUACCUGGACGGCACGGGCUGCAUCGCUGGCGUGCUGGUGCCCUGCAAGGCCGAGCCCGGCAAGCUGGAGAAGAUGAGCAUCUACCAGGCCAUGUGGAAGGGCAUCCUGAGGCAGGGCACGGCCCUGGUGCUGCUGGAGGCGCAGGCUGCCACCGGCUUCCUGGUCGACCCGCUGGCCAACAGGAAGCUGUCCGUGGACGAGGCCGUCUCCUCGGGGCUGGUGGGCAGCGAGCUGCACGAGAAGCUGCUGUCGGCCGAGCGUGCCGUUACGGGCUACACCGACCCCUACACCGGGGAGCAGAUCUCCCUCUUCCAGGCCAUGCAGAAGGAGCUCAUCGUCAAGGAGCACGGCAUCCGCCUGCUCGAGGCCCAGAUCGCCACCGGCGGCAUCGUCGACCCCGUGCACAGCCACCGCCUGCCGGUGGAGGUGGCCUAUCGGCGCGGCUACUUCGACCAGGAGAUGAACCAGAUCCUCUCGGACCCCAGCGACGACACCAAGGGCUUCUUCGACCCCAACACCCACGAGAACCUCACCUACAUGCAGCUCCUGCGCCGCUGCGUGCCUGACCCGGACACGGGGUUUUAUUUCCUCAAUAUACAAACACAGUGCCCACGAUUGCAGGACUGUUCCCCAGAGACAAUGCAGAAGAUGAGUGGACCCCCUCAGAACAACAAGUCAACCAACAUGGGAAGUAACCUGAUUGAGGAUGAACACAAAGAGAUGGGUGGUGGUGGGAGUAACUUCAUAGCUGGAAUCUUCCUCCAGGCCAUGAGUAAGAAGAUUAGUAUCUAUGAUGCCAUGAUAAGGGGGCUGCUGACUCCUGGCACAGCCCUGGUGCUGCUGGAGGCACAGGCUGCCUCAGGGCUCCUCACCGACCCCGUGAGAAACCAGAAGCUGUCCGUGGAAGAGGCGCUGACAGCCGGACUCAUUGGCAGAGACUUCUAUGAGAAGCUGCUGUCGGCCGAGGGAGCUGUCACGGGCUACACGGAGCCGUACACAGGCCACCAGAUCUCCCUCUUCCAGGCCAUGCAGAAAGAGUUCAUCGUCAAGGAGCACGCUGUCCGCCUGCUCGAGGCCCAGAUCGCCACCGGUGGCAUCAUCGACCCUGUGCACAGCCACCGCAUCCCGGUGGAAGUGGCCCACAAGCGCGGGUACUUCGACCAGGAGAUGUGCCAGUUCCUUUCUAACCCCAAGAACCAAAUAAGAAGUUGCUUUGACCCAAACACGCACGAGAACCUCACUUAUACACAGCUGCUGCGCCGCUGCGUGCCCGACCCGGACACAGGGCUGCCGAUGCUCCACAUAAUGGACAAGGGCUCUGUGCUCCACCAGCUCAGCAAGGAUGCUCGGAAAGCCCUGCAGGCUGCCCGCACCACACUCAGCAUGGGGCUCUUCCAGGGACAGACCGUCACCCUCUGGGAGCUCCUCUUCUCCCGCUACGUGCCCGAGCACCAGAGAGAGGACCUGCUGCGCCGCUACAAGGCGGGGACAAUCACCAUCCCAGAAAUGAGCACCCUCCUCACCAACAGCAUCACUGGGGCAGGAAUGAAAAACGGGCAUCUGAGUUCAUCCACAGUUACAGCCAACAACGAGGAGAGAACAUCACAACCAUCGCAACCAGUUCAGGACAUGCACUCCCGGGAGCAACAGUUGAGAAAGUCCCUGAAGCCACCAUCACAACCAGUUCAGGACAUGUACUCCCAGGAGCAACAAUUGAGAAAGUCCCUGAAGUCUGCAACCAUCUAUGUCACUGCUGGUGAAUUCCAGGGGCAAAAGGUUUCCUUGCUGGAUCUGCUCUUUUCCAAACAUAUCCCUCAAGGGCGGCGGCAGGAGCUGCUGGAGCUGUACAGAGCAGGGAUACUGACCACAGAACAAGUUGCCAUGGUGGUCACCACCAUCAUAAACAGAACUGCAGCUGCAAAUGCCGCACUCAGGGCCAGUGCCAGAGGUCCAUACAGGGCAGUGGCAAGGGCAGAGGAGGAUGGAGGUGAUUCCUCAACACAAUAUGCGCAACUAGAUAACACCUUGAAGUCUACUACCACUGAUGUGCCAGCUGGUGACUUGCAGGGGAGGCAAGUCUCUGUAUGGGACCUGCUCUUCUCUGACUACAUCCCUGAGGAGAAAAGACAGGAGCUGCUGGAGCUCUACCAUGAAAGGCUGUUAACUCUGGAGCAGAUGAUAACUGUUGUCACCACUGUCAUUAAGAAAAAGGAAUCUACAGGCAGGAAAUUCCACGUUGCAGUCAAGGCUUCCAACAAGGACACCAUGUCAGCAGCAGGAGAGAGGGAUGGUGACUCCACCAAAGAAGAACCAUGGCAAACAGCCUUGAAAACCAGAGUCAUUGACAUGGAUGUUGGAGAGUACCGGGGCCACAAGGUCUCAGUGUGGGACCUGCUCCACUCCAAGUAUAUCCCUGAGGAGAACAGGAAGGAGCUCCUGGAGCUGUACCAGGCAGGAGAGUUAACCCUUGACCAGGUGGAAACCGUGGUAAGCACUAUUGUGUCCAAGGCAGAAGCAGCAAGUGCAAAGGAGAGCAGUCCCAGGGCAGAGUCGACGGUUGCAGGAGCUGAGCACACCGAGCUGCAGGAGGACAGGACCUGGGAAGAGGCCCUGAGGUCCACCACAGUCGAGAUGUCAGAGGAUGAGUUCCAGGGGAGGCAGGUCUCUGUGUGGGACCUGAUCUUCUCUGACUGCAUCCCCGAGGAGAAAAGACAGGAGCUGCUGGAGCUCUACCGUGCCGGGACAUUGCCCCUGGAACAGUUAAUAACUGCUGUCACCACUCUCGUCAAGAAAAAGGAAUCCACAGGCAGGAAAUUCCACAUUGCAGUCAAGGCUCCCAACAAGGACACCGUUCAUUGA